AUGUUUGCGUGGUUGACGGGUACCGAGACCACUCCUCCCGCUUUACUCGAGAUUCGGAGUUCAAAAUGGUUGAUCAUCAGUACUGUCGCCGCUGCGGUGUUCACUGACGUCUUCCUGUAUGGUAUCAUCGUGCCAGUACUGCCAUUCGCUUUGAGUGGUCGUGCUGGUGUCCCGCAGGAUAAUGUCCAGUCGAUGAUAUCGGUACUGUUGGCUGUCUAUGGCGGCGCUCUACUUAUCGGAGCACCCAUAUGUGGGUGGGUAGCUGAUCGAUUCGACUCGCGGCGAUGGAGCUUUAUGUUUGGAUUGCUGGCACUGGCAGGAUCGACGAUAUUCUUGGUUGUUGGUAACAGUCUUGCUCUCAUCAUUGUUGGUCGUCUCCUUCAAGGUCUUUCGGCAGCGGUGGUUUGGGUUGUCGGUCUGGCAUUAUUACAGGACACUGUUGGUUCUGCAGAGAUCGGGCAGUCGAUGGGCUAUGUUGGCAUUGCCAUGUCGUUGGCCUACUUGCUCGGUCCACUUCUUGGUGGCAUCGUUUUUGAACGGUUCGUCAUAUCGGAGGUCAAAAGAAGCACACUUGUACUUACAUGGCUCACAGUNGCCGGAUAUUAUGCCGUCUUUGCAAUGGCUUUUGUACUUUUAGGCAUCGAUGCAAUUCUCAGAUUGUUGAUGAUAGAAAGAUCUGUUGCUGCGAAAUGGGGGCCUACAGCACCUGAAGUAGCCACUGACACCGAACACAAGGGCAGCACAGACGAUCCGAGAGCUGACCCGGAGUGUCACACACCCGAAGUUGAGACAUCUGCUGUGACACAGGAACGACGCAGGCUUCCUCGAGUCUUCUCACUACUCGCGUCGUACAGACUUGACGCCGCUUUGUUUGGCUGCUUUGUCUCCGCCUGUCUUUUGACCUCAUUCGACUCGAUCUUGCCUCUGUAUGUCAACGAGAUCUGGGGCUGGGAUUCCAUCGGUGCUGGACUGAUCUUCCUGGCUGUCACAAUUCCUUCUUUCACUGGACCUCUCGUUGGCGGAUUUGUCGACAAGCACGGAGUCAGAUGGCCAUCGACAAUCGGCUUCAUCGUCUGUAGCCCCUGUUUCAUCCUGAUGCGCCUUGUCAACCAUGACAGCAUCCGCCAAAAGGUGCUGCUUUGUGCACUUCUUGCAUUGAUUGGUCUUGGAGUCACUCUUUCCCUUACACCACUUAUGGCAGAAGUCUCGUAUGCAGUGGAUGCACAAGGCGCCAAGCGUCCAGCAGGCUUCUUCGGCAAGAAUGGUGCUUUUGCUCAAGCGUAUGGACUGUUCAAUAUGGCCUACGCUGGCGGCACUUUGGUUGGACCUUUGCUUGCAGGUUUGGUCAGGCAGAGGGCCGGGUGGGGUACUGCCACGCUUGUACUCGGGUGUGUGUCAUUUGUCUGUGUCGUUCCAACAGUGGUUUGGUGUGGAGGAUCCAUCUUCAAGUUGAGGAGGAAACAGCAAGCAGAGAAGGCGGAGAAGGUCGAGAAGCCUACAAAGGCAAGUCCGUCGGAUACGAGUGCGAGUAGCGUGACCAAUGUUUGA